AUUGAACCCAUUUUCAUGCAAAGCUUGUUUUCCUUGUAAACUUUGCAUCAAACUGACUCAAGCCAUACCCCUGACUAUUGCUGCAACCCAAGUGAUGUCUUGAAUAGUCAUUAUGUACGCUUGUUAAUUUUCAGAGAUCUUUAGAGGCCUGCUAGAGCCUAUCAUCAUGCUGAAUAUGUUGGAAGAACAACCACAGCCUGUAACAAUGCUAUUUGGACUUUGCAAAAAGGAUGGAAAACAAGUUGACGUAGUACAUCGGAAAGAAGGAGAUAAAAACAUAGCUAGCGUCUAUCUUGAUUGACAAUUUAUUGCAUCAGCUUCUUCUGAGCACAAAGAAAAUGCAAAGCUUCAAGUGGCAAAGGCUGCUCUUAAAGAGUUGUAUUAUAACCCUUAUGAUAAGAUGGACGUUGAAUCUGUUCCAUUGCAGAGAAAAAGGAAGAAUGCUGAAUCUAUUCCAUUUCAGAAAAAAAAGAUGGAUGUUGAAUUUGACCAAACAAAAGAGAGUGAAGGAGCAAAGCAGAAGCUGAACGAGCUUUGCCAAAGAGAGAAAUGGCCCGAACCAACUUACAGGAGGUUUAUAUGCUCUGUGCAAAUUGUAAUUGCUGAAGGCAUGCUUUUUUUUAUGGGAGACGAGAAGUCACGAGUAAAAGAUGCAGAGAAUUUAGCAGCCUUAGCAAUGAUUCGGAGUUUGCAGGAAUCCAAUUUCAGUUCUACAUAGCUCCAUGUUCCAAUUCCAGGAUGAAGCAGACAGCAGGGGACGGUGCAACUUGGAACUAAACCUUACUCAGGUUCUCUCUUGAUUAAUGCAAUAAUCAUCUUUGGUUGCUGCAAAGUGAAUAUUGGUCAUAGCUCCACUUAAGAAAAUUGAUACCAGAAGAGAGUCACCAGUUAGUACGUGAUAGGAUAAAAGACACCAGGACCUAUACUAUAGCAGACUGAGCUCUGGCCAAUUCAGAUUAGAAUUUUACCAUGAAUCUCUGUAUAAAUACCAUAUAAAGAAAAUGAACCUUGGGCUAGAGAAACCCCAAAAGCUAGCUCAUGAGGUGAAGAUUGCGCAAUACCAUGUGAGACUAAUUUUCCUUUCCACAAGCGAUAUGGAACCCUUAACACUAUAUGUGUAGGAUUCAUGACCUAUUGAGUGCACAAGUAAGACAUUACCAUUCCAUAUCUUCCGGCAUAGUCAAGUAAUACCUAUAUAACUAUGUUCCGCGUCUACCAGUGCAUUGGUCUAAAGCAGGAAAAAGGUUUUCAACUUUUAUGUUUGCACAAUAUUGUGAAACAUGUUGGGAGAUAACAUUAGUGAGAUAUGACAAGAAUAUUCCAAGCAAAUAGUCUUAAGGUUGCAUGAGUCUAAGCACAGGUU